CUAUAGAAACAUGGAAAAUGAAUUUUGUAACAAAACAACGAUCUCUUGUAAUUUUCAUAUUGUUGGCUCAGGCGAGCUUUUUAUUAUGUUUGCCUAUUAGUUAUGUUACAAAUGGGUCUGGUGUUCAAAGUAAAACCAUAUAUGGGAAAGAGAACACUAACUCUACAGCCAAAACAAAAGCAGAAUUAGAUGAAGAACUAUCCGCUGAAGAAAGUGCACAAUAUAUGAAUGGAAAUGGUCAGAUCGCUGAAGGUGACAUCAAAGUUAAUCAAUACUUCAAGCUUCUGAAGGAAGUUCAAAAACAAACUGGCACAAGAAAAGACUUUAUCAAUUAUCCGAGAUACCAAUGGCCUACUAGAAAUAUUCCAUACGAAUUCGAUCCUGCUUUAGAUGAAAAAACUCGUCAAGCAUUUAUGAGUGCAAUUGAAGACUUUAAAAAAUAUACCUGUGUGAAUUUUAUCCCAAGAACAGCAGAGACAGACUAUAUCAGAGUUUAUCAAGGAUCAGGUUGCUGGUCUUACGUCGGACGAGUAGGAGGAAAACAGGAUCUUAGUUUGGGACUCAAUUGUCAUUAUAAAGGAACUGCUGCGCAUGAGAUGAUGCACGCGCUUGGAUUUUUUCAUGAGCAUACUCGUUUGGAUAGAGAUCAAUAUGUGACUGUAUAUAAAGAUAAUGUUGUCGAUGGUGUGUUAGAAAACUUUGAGAAAUACAAGAAAGGAUUAGCGGAUUACUACGGAGCAGGAUACGAUUACUUAAGUGUAAUGCAUUAUGGAAGUAAUGCCUUUAGCAAAAAUGGAAAACCAACUAUUGUAGCAAAGGAUCCAACUGUAGAAAUUGGACAAAGGGAAGGACUUAGUGAAAUAGAUGUUCAACAAAUUAAAAAUGUAUUUAAGUGCGAAAAUACCCCAAGUGCAACAUCUACUACAACUACUACAGAGCCUACUACGACUACCACCACCUCCACUACUCCACAGCCUACCACUAGCACAACAUCUACUACAACUACUACAGAACCUACUACGACUACCACCACCUCAACUACUCCACAACCGACCACUAGUACAACUACUACAACUACUAUAGAACCUACUACGACUACGACCACCUCAACUACUCCCCAACCGACCACUAGUACAACUACCACAGAGCCUACUACGACUACCACCACCUCAACUACUCCACAACCGACCACUAGUACAACUACUACAACUACUACAGAGCCUACUAUGACUACGACCACCUCAACUACUCCACAACCGACCACUAGUACAACUACUACAACUACUACAGAGCCUACUAUGACUACCACCACCUCAACUACUUCACAACCGACUACUAGCACAUCUACUACAAGUACAACAGAACCUACUACGACGACCACCACCUCAACUACUUCACAACCGACUACUAGCACAUCUACUACAACUACUACAGAACCUACUACAACUUCUACAGAACCCACUACGACUACUACAGAACCCACUACAACUACUACCACCUCAACUACUCCACAGCCAACCACUAGCACAACAUCUACCACAACUACUUCGGAACCCAAUACGACUACUGCAGAACCCACUACAACUACCACCACCUCAACUAUUCCACAGCCGUCCACUAGCACAACAUCUAUUACAACUACUACAGAACUCGCUACAACUAUUACAGAGCCCACAACGACUACCCCUACGACGAGUACUCCACAGCCGGCCACUAGCAUAUUUACUACCACUACUACAGAACCCACUACGACUAUAACAACCUCGGCUAAUACCGCUACUCCACUGCAUACCACCACUAUAACAUCUAGCACAGCAACUGAAAACCUAGCCACCACUAAUUUAACUACUAUUAUCACCACCUUGACUAUUUCAUCUACGCCACAACCAACAAGCGGUACACAAUCUACUACAAAUACUGCACAGCCAACUGCAAAUGCCAUAACUUCAACUACUACUACUGCCAAACAAGGCAUUAAAACAAAAUUUACGCCGAGUGUGGAUAUUUCUACAACUAUCAUCCCAAAACCUCCUACUGGAAAUAUCACGAAAAAUCCGAGCUCAAGUAUUUCUACAUCGUUCCCAACAUUAAAUCCCAACCAUACAUCUGACACCACUACAAAGCCAAUUACUACAACCUCCAGAAUGCCAUACACUACAGUAGCCAUCUCCAGUGUAUCUACAACAAAAGGAUUGGAAACUAACAUUACUAGUAAUUCCAUACUAAAGAAGAUUACCCCAAAUGGUGAAUCCAGUACGGUCAUUAAACUAAUAAAAACUAAAGGCACAUACACAACUUUAAACCCAAAUGGUAAUGAAUCCUUAACUAACGUUACAACAUUGCCGCCGAUAACACAUUCCGUCGUUAAUUCAUUGUUACCAAAUAUUACCACAACCAUGGAACCUAAAGUCGUUACCGCAACUUCAAGCAGUAAAUUAGUUACCUCAAAUGGUCCUCUGAAUACCUCUGCUCCACCAACAUAUAGCAGUAAAGUUAUUGAAGGAAAUAAAUCCUUCACUAGCACAACAAAAGCAACUAGCAAAGCGUAUUCCAACUAUCAAACAAAUUCAAGCAAACCAGAUAACUCUGUUCCAACAAAGUCAACCUCUGCAGUUUCUGUACCUAAUACAUUUCCUUUUGAGUCUUGGACAACAUUAUGGAAAAUUAUACCUACCCCAACCACUCCUGGCAUCGGUAAUGCCACUCCUGCAUCUUUAUCUGUUUCCUCGACGUCAAGUAAAGAUAAACAAAAAAAUAUAUCAAAUACUACAGGUCAAACGUUUGUCUCUGCACCAUGGAGUGUGGUUUGGAAGGUAAUUUCUCCGGUUGAAGCGACAGCUUCCCCCAAUGAAAGCAAUCUUGCAGCAAACAAACCCACAUCAACCGUGAAAUGGCCAAUGCCUACAGAAUCAACGAAUACUACUACUAAUAGUCCGUGGAGCGUAGUGUGGAAUAAAAUUACGCAAGCGGCAUUUCGCCAGGAUACCGAACUUUCUACUUCACCUAGUCCUGCUAAAUUUUCUAAAUUAAUGCAGGAUCUUACCAUUUCAACAACUACACAAUCCAAAUUAACUACAUUACCACUGACGUCUUCAACUACACCUACAAAUAAAUUAAAACCAGAAUUUACAGAUGAAUACGUUACUAGUAACACUGUUUAUUCCAGUAAUUCUACAACCAGCACGAAAAGUUCCACAUUAGUUGCAACAACUUAUACAACACCAAUGAUUCCAGAAUCAAGCGCAACGAAAAAUCCAGCUUCAAUGCCUACAUUUUCUACGACACCAGCUGUUACAGCGAAUACUUCAUCAAGCACAACUCCUUCCCUUGUUAGUAGUUUUUCUCCGACAACACCUACCUUGAUAUCUUCGAAUGGUUCAAUGCAGUAUAAGACAUUAUCAUCAGAAUCGCCUUCUCAUAAUCUCAUUAGUACAACAGUAACUUCAACUUUAUCAACCACACCUAAACGUUCAUCAACAAUAUCCAGUACAAGAUCAACAAACUACUCUGCAUUGUCUCCUACUGUACAACCUACACAGAAAACAACAGUCUCGAAAUUGGAGACAUCAAGAAAUAAAACAAAUUUCUUACCGUCAUCAACGAUAUCGACAACACAAGCAACAACUACGUUAGCCUCUGACCAAUCCAAUCAAUAUAAUUCAACAUCAUCAACACAAAUGACCACUCAAAUGCAAGCCAACAAAGCCACAAGUCAACUUGAAACUGAUCCUAACACAAUAGGGAACAGCUCACACAAACAAAAUGUCACAGAUGAUGUAUAUACUAACCAAAUGUUAAAAAAUAACAAUGAGAUCUCUACAGCAAAUCAAAAUAACAAAUUCAAUGACACGAGACUGAUUUCUACGACAUCAAGCCCAGUAGUUACUUUAACAAAAAUACUAACGAAACCAUUUCCAGAAGCGUCAACAAUAAAGCCUUUUAUUACAGCUACAGGCGUGUCGCAAGCUGAAAAUACAAACCAAUCAAUUGCGAACACUCAGAUUCCAAUCGAACAGACAACAUCAGAAAGCGAACUGUUAAACUCACAAUCUAAUGGUUUUCCUGAUUGGCCGGCGGACUUCAAUCUUUUACUAUCUGGGAAUGACCAUUCGUGUGGUUGCAAAUUACCUGGAUGUAGGUGCAAAUGCAUUGAAAGUGACAGUCGUGUUAUCUUGUGCCACAGAAAAACGAAAUUUAAUCCUUCCUUUGAAUGGAGCAGAAAUGGUGAUGAGCCAGGAAUGCGUUGCACAGAGAUGUUUAAAGACGCAAGAAGCAACCAAAAAUUCUUAUGCCAUUCAUCAAAUGCUCCAUACCAUUUAACACGCAAAGAAAAAAACCUGACAUAUUUUUCGACUUGUUUAACGACAGAAGACAAUGAUAUGUCUUUAUGUAACGUUUAAGCUACAAAAGAGUUGUAAUGUCAGCUACUGGUCGUACGAUGAAGGGCUAAUUUUCGCGAGUAAUGACUUACGCGAAUUAAAUUUCACGAGUCUGUGAACGUUUGUCGUAUGCAUUAAUUUUCGCUAAUGACCGAAUGUACAGCAUUUGCAUUGAGUUCAGUAAAUAUCACUUCUGCAGUUCUUUGUUGCUAUCUGAAAAUGACAGCCACUGCAAUGAAUAAAAUUUUGUAGCUUAUAUUAGUACAUAUAUAGAAUAACAAUACGUAAACACGUUUUUAUGAGCAACACAAAGAUAUGACUGAGAAUCUUA